CGGCUGCUACUCAGUUUGUGUCGUGAGACAUUUUGUCUUUGAGUUUUUUUAUAAAGAAAGCUUCCGUGGUUUGUUCGAAAAUGCCGUUGGAAAAUCUAGAAGAAGAGGGUCUGGAAAAAAAUCCAAAUCUUGAGUUAGCGCAGACCAAGUUCCUGUUGAGUUUGGCUGAGCACAAGAACGAUGCCGCUCUCAAGAACAAACUCAUGGAUGUCAUCCAAGCUGAAAACAUGGCUCCAUUUUAUGAAGAAGUCUGUAGAGACUUGAAUUGGCCUGUUGAUGAAGGACUUUUAACUAAAAUGAAAGCAAAAAAUGAGGAGCAACUAAAAGAAUUAGAUGGAAUAAUUGAAGAUGCAGAGAAGAACUUGGGAGAAGGUGAGGUGAGAGAAGCAAAUUUGAAGAAAUCAGAGCAUCUGUGUAGGAUUGGCGACAAAGAAGGUGCAUUGGCCGCUUUCAAGAAAACUUAUGAAAAGACAGUUUCUCUUGGCCACAAGCUUGAUAUUGUUUUUCACAAUAUCAGAAUCGGCCUGUUUUACUUGGAUCAUGAUCUGAUUACAAAAAAUAUUGAGAAAGCUGAAGCACUGAUAGAGGAGGGAGGGGAUUGGGACAGAAGGAAUCGGCUGAAAGUAUAUCAAGGCACUUACUGCAUAGCAGUGCGUGAUUUUAAAGAAGCUGCUGUUUUCUUCCUAGACACAAUCAGUACCUUUACGAGUUAUGAGCUUAUGGAUUACAAUACAUUUGUUAGAUAUACAGUAUACUUAAGCAUGAUUAGUUUACCUCGCAAUGAACUCAGAGACAAAAUUAUUAAAGGUUCAGAAAUUCUGGAAGUAUUGCAUAGUAAUCCAGAUAUCAAAGAGUAUUUGUUCUCUUUAUACAACUGCCACUAUGCUGAUUUCUUCAAAAAUCUUGCACACGUCGAAGGUCUUUUGCGUAUAGAUUUCUUAGUUCACCCACAUUACCGUUACUAUGUCAGAGAAAUGCGCAUUCUCGCAUACACUCAAUUAUUGGAGUCUUACAGAUCACUAACUUUGCAGUAUAUGGCAGAAGCGUUUGGAGUAACUGUCGACUACAUUGAUCAGGAACUCUCGCGUUUCAUCGCUGCAGGUCGUUUGCACUGCAAAGUCGACCAAGUGGGAGGAGUUGUGGAGACUAAUCGACCUGAUAGCAAGAACUGGCAAUAUCAGGCGAUGGUCAAGCAAGGUGAUCUUUUGCUCAAUCGAGUACAAAAGUUAUCGCGCGUCAUCAAUAUUUAAGAGAAGAGAAAAAGGAAAAAUCGUUAUCACCAGAUAUUCAUGUGAUUUGUAAAUCACUACAAAGUGAAAAACUUAUUUAAACGAAAAAAAUCUCUGCAUUGUCGUUUCUACGAAGCUCAAAUGUUAAUACUGAAUGAUUUUGAUAAAAAAAACAAAUA